AUGUUUGAUUGUGAUUUGAAUUUUAAUGUCUAUAGGUACAAGGACCGUAAGCUUUUGCAUUCUGGUCGACACUACCGCAUUGCUGUGGAUGAAGAUGUCCACACACUGACCAUUCACGAUGCCUUCCCUGAUGACACUGGACGAUACAUGUGUAGGGCUGUCAAUGUUGUCGGCUCUACUACCACUGAGGCUUACGUCAAAGUACAAAGAGCCUCCAUCAAAGUGACAGACUUUGCCUUCCCCCGACCUGACACAGCACCGCUGUAUGCCGCUGAAUCAGCCCGGCUUUCUGAGGCCCCCAGCAUGAAAUACAAGGUGGAGGAGGCCCCUAACUUCACCGCCAAACUGAGGGACAAGACCGUGCCCGAGUUCAGCCAUGUCCGCUUCAUGUGUUCUGUGACUGGACUUCCAUCUCCCAGGAUCACCUGGCAGAAAGACGGCAAAGACAUCACCAAAGAUACCAACUUCUUCAUAUCAAAUCAGCAUGGUCUGUUGACUCUGGAGAUUUUCUCAGUUUCUGAACAAUAUGCCGGUACAUACACCUGUACAGCUGCCAACUCAGAGGGAGAAGUAUACUGCUCAGCUCAUCUCACUGUACUCGGAACUGAGAGAGAGACAAGCCCCGAGACAGAUUUCACUCCAAAGUUCACAACCCCUCUACAAGACAUCACAGUUACCGCUGGAGAUGAAGUGGUCUUCACAUGUGUAGCCAAGGGCAACCCCAUGCCUCACUUCAAAUGGCAAAAGGAUGGCAUGAAUGUGACAGACUCUAGACGUGUCUACAUGGGAUCAGACUCUGAUGGCAAUGCGGAGCUCAUCAUACGCAGCGCUCGAACAAGUGACUCAGGCCUGUACUGUGUCAUGGCUCAGAACUCAGCGGGCCGCAGCAAAUGCUCAGCUUACCUUAGGGUCAAAGCCAAAUCUAAAUCCGCCUCUCCCCCAGAGAGCCCCGAAUCAAUGGAGGAGGGAGCCAUGUGGUCCCAGAGAACAGAACGAGGGUAUGAGAAACUCAAACCCCUGGGUGUGCCCGGCGGUCGCAUGCCACACUUCUCUCUGGCUCUCCCCAAGGUCAUAGAACUUGACGAGGGAGACAAACUUCACCUAGACUGCACAGUGGAGGGAUGGCCCAGACCAUCUGUAACCUGGUUCAAAGGUGAACGUGAACUGACCUAUGACUUCCGACACAAGAUCACUACCUUCCAGAACAUGCACACAAUGGAAGUAAAUGAAGUUCUCUUCUCUGACUCAGGAGAAUACACAGCCAGAGCUUCCAACUCUGUGGGGGUCAUGGAAUCCAAGUGUAUUGUCCGAGUCACCAAGAAAUCAGCCAGACAAACCGGAGAGGACAUGUCCACUGCUGAUGCCCAAAAGGCAGCAGACAAAAUGGAGAAAGGAUUUGCUCCAUUCUUCAUCAAGCACCUGCCUGCUUCAGUGGAUGUCAUGGAAGGAUUCAACAUUCAGUAUGACUGUUAUGUAGAAGGGGACAUUACUCUGAUCAAAACAAAACAAUCCGAAAUGAAACAAGUGAAACAAUCCCUGGAAGCCUCAGGCUUUGAAGGGAAUUACAAAGACAUUCCUACAAUGGGAAUUCCUCCCGUAGCAACCAUCCCUGGCCCCAAGGCUGGAGGUGCUGGGCGGCCAAAAACGGCCAAAUCCUCCCCCCGCUUUGUGGAAGGAUUAGAAGAUAAACAGUUCAGGACUGGAAGUAUCGCCAUGUUGUCUGUUGUCGUGGAAGCCGUGCCAGAUGCUGACAUCACAUGGUACAAAGACAACACAGAAAUCGGACAGAGCGAUCGUUAUGAAGUGUUCUUUGAGGAUGGUGCUUACAAUAUUGAAAUUUAUGACACUAUUUUAUCAGACACUGGAACAUACAAAUGCGUGGCUACAAAUGUCAUGGGAUCCGCCGAAACUCAGGCCAAAAUUACCAUACUAGCUCAAGAUGAACUGGACGAUUUUUUAGCUGGUCUUGAGAAACAUGAAACUGAAGACAACAAAGAUGUGAGAAAUUCAACAGCAAUCGGCGAGCUUCCAGAAAUUACCCAAAAGAAAUUUGCCCCAAGAUUUAUAGUAGAACUCGAACCGCAAAUUAAUGUGAAUAUUGGUGAGGAUGUCAAGUUUGUCUGCUUCAUCAAUGACGCUGUCGAAAAAAUCCACUGGGAGAAAGAUGGGAAGAAGAUGUACAACAACCUCAGAACAAAGAUCAGUUCAGAGUCUGACGGAACACAACAAAUGGAGAUUUCAGUUGCACAGACAACAGACUCAGGCAAAUAUGCAUGUGUAGCAAUAACUCCCACAGGAGACAUCAAAACCAUCACAGAUUUAAUCGUGUCAGAUAAAGAAAAACUUCCCAUUUCUGCUGGUAUCAACAGCAAACCAAGAUUUGAGAAACCCCUGAGAGACCAGUUCUGUAAAGACGGCUCAUCUGUGACUCUGGAAUGUGUAAUCAAUGGAAACCCCCGUCCACGUACAGCGUGGUUCAAGGAAGGGGAGGAAAUCCUGGACUGCCAAGACUUCCAGAUCAGCAAUAUAGGAGACAAGAGCACCUUGACCAUUGUAGAGAUAUUCCCUGAAGACGAGGGGCAUUACAGCUGUAAGGCCACCAACAGUGAAGGGGAAGUCACCGCUACCUGUCAGCUCCUCGUAGAAGAGAGCCAUUUUAACAAAGAUGCCACCUAUUCAGUUGAUUCUGCCUCUAUCUCCUCCACCUCCUCAUUUAGCCGCGGUGGAAGCCAAGCUAGAAGUGUAGAUGCUGACCAUUGAUUAUGUAAGUGGACAAUGUGGGCA